UAGCGGAGUGGGGCUGCAGUGCGCAGGCGCAGGCGGGUGCGGCGCCCUGGUCCCCAUGGCGCUGUAGUAGCGGAGCUGGUGCGUGGGAGCCGGGAUGAGCGCGUCCGAGGCGGACCGCGGGGCGUGGCUGCUGGUGCUGAGCUUCGUGUUCGGGUGCAACGUGCUGCGGAUCCUCCUGCCGUCCCUUUCCUCCUUCGUUUCCAGGGUGCUGCAGAAGGAUGCAGAGCAGGAGUCACAGAUGAGGGCAGAGAUCCAGAACAUGAAGCAGGAGCUGUCCACUGUCAACAUGAUGGACGAAUUUGCCAGAUAUGCCCGGCUGGAAAGGAAGAUCAACAAAAUGACGGACAAGCUCAAAACUCACGUGAAAGCACGGACAGCUCAGUUGGCCAAGAUCAAAUGGUUUAUAAGCGUUGCUUUCUACAUCCUGCAAGCAGCAUUGAUGAUCUCGCUCAUUUGGAAGUACUACUCUGUCCCUGUGGCUGUGGUGCCCAGCAAGUGGAUCACCCCACUAGACCGCCUGGUAGCCUUUCCUACUCGAGUAGCAGGUGGAAUCGGAAUCACCUGUUGGAUUUUAGUCUGUAACAAAGUUGUGGCUAUUGUCCUCCACCCUUUCAGCUGAGGGGACAUGUGCAGCUACAAGACUGUGCAGAAAGGAUUUCCAUAGGGAGCAAUCCGUCACUGCCUGGAUGGCAGGCUGUGGUCCUGGACUCCGGGGAACCAGAGCACAGAGAAGCCACAUGCUAUCACAUGUCUCUGCACAGCUCCGAUUGUCCUGGGACUCAUUAGACCAGGCUGACCAGGAACUUAUAGAGAUCCUCUUGUCUCUGUCUCCCAUUUGCCGGGAUCAAAGGCAUAGCACUGGGUUUUGAAGGAUCAUAUUUAUAUUGUUAUGUUUCCUAAUGAGCUCAUAAAUAGUGUGUUUUUUUGACUGACUGUACUGUGAACAGGCUGUCUGUCGUCAGAUGGAGUACCACCAGAGCAGGCUUGAGGGUCCACUGAUUUAAACUCAGCAGACCCUGUGGAUUCAUGGUACCAAGGUUACUUGGCUAUCAAGGGAACAAAUGGAGUGCAGUAGUGUGCGUAGAUGAAGUGGACCUGUUCUCCAGCUCCGCAUCCUCACCACUCAGGAAAACACUUGGACUACAGAAGAUUAGUCCAGGACCUGAGGAGGUUGGAACGGCACUGGUAGCUACAGAAUCCAGCUCACUCCAGGGAUUCAGCACUCAGGGUAGGGGGAAGGGAUACACCUUGGUUCUUUUUGUAGUGAGCUGCAAUCUGGAAUGGUGCAUCCUUUAGGCAGCCAGAGUUGGUAUCCAGACCAUAAGCCUCUCAAAUGGUGUUGUGUGAUUCUGACUGACCCUGCAGGAAAAAGGUGACAAAGGGUUAGUUUGUUCUCAAGUGUUAGUGCCCCCACAUGCAUAAUGUAUGUAAGUUUGUUAGUGUUCCCCGUGUGUACAAUGUUAAGACUGAGUGGGGGAACAUCACCAUGUCUUCCUCCCAGAAUUGUAUUAAUCACACAAUAAUAAACAUUGACUUAUCGAGGGAAAAGGCGCAGCAGAAAGUGUGCUUUGUCGUCCUGCCCGGGGUUCCCCAGGCUCCACUCUUUGUCUUCCUGCCCUGCCGGGGUUCCCCAGGCUCCACACUUACCUGCUUCUCGGCGUUCUUCAGAUGGUCCAUGUUUAUGAAUGUUGUUCUGUAUGCAGUUUAAAAAAUUAUAAAAGGAAAAAAA